AUGGUGCCCAAGUUCAAGUUCACGUUCGGGUUUGAGGCGUCGUCGGACAUGAGAAAUCUUGGUGUCACGAGGGCUUUCUCAGGCGGUGACUUCUCAGGCAUGGUGAGCGGCGGGGAUGGGCAUGGGCGGGUCUCCAUCUCCCGGGUGUACCAUAAGGCCACCAUCGAGGUGGACGAGCAAGGCACCGUGGCCGCUGCUGCCACGGUCGUACUCAUGGAUGGUACUUCGCUUGAGGAAAGGGAACCACCGCAUUUGGUGGAUUUUGUGGCGGAUCGGCCAUUCUUAUUUGCCGUGGUUGAGGAGAGGACAGGAGCCGUGUUGUUCCUUGGUCAUGUGGUCAAUCCUCUUGCGGGCUAA